AUGAAUGUGGGUGAGAUCGUGUUCACCGAGAACGAUCUGUCCGUCUUGGCCGGCUUCCAGCAGUACAAGGCCCAGUUUGCAGAGGACAUCUACUCCUACUUCUCCACCAUCUACUCCGAGGUCAGGUCCAGGUACCACCGCCGUCCGUACCUGUCCUCGUUCCACCGUCCAGGCUACGGGGAGACCUUCCCCAAGGACCUGCAGAUCCCCACCAUCCAGAAGUACAGCUCCAUGGGGUCUGCCUUUCUGUUUCUGGCGGAGGUGUUCCCACAACUCUCCUUUGCCGAGGACUUUACCUGCGAACAUGAACAGAGUCCGCCCAAGUCCAUUGAUGCCAUCGCCUCGUGGUUCACUUUCAAGCUGCUACCGGGCUCUGACAACGAACUGUGGUACCUUUUGGUGCGCAUCUGCUGCUACAACUGGCAGGACACCUCCGUGGCGUACCCAGCUCUCCACACCUUGAACUCCUUUCGCCAGCUGGUCGACUCUAUCCGGGCCCUGGCCACCUACUCUGUUCUCUACCGGUUUCUCCAUGCUGGGGCCAUCCCCGGUGACUCUACUGCCGAUGAGAUCUUCUUCACUAAGAAGAGUGAGCCAUGGACCUGA